AUGGAGGCGAUGUAUUGGCAAAAAGUUCGUGAUACAUUCAUGCAAGGAAUAGGAGUUUUAGCUGCCAGUUUAGCUUUAGCUGGUAUUAACGCAUCCAAUAAUGAAUUCAACGGUCGACUUAUUGAUCGUUACCGUUGUUCGAAACUAUUUACCGAUUAUAUGUUUGUUCGUCGAUUUUACAUUCAUGAAACAUUGAUUCGCCAUAACUUUGUGGUUUUCCAAACGGAUACACGUCAUACUUUCAAAGUUCAUCUAAUUGCUGACAUUUAUUCUGGACGACGUUAUUCACCAGUUUAUGUUGAUAUUGUACCAACUUACUGGAAGCCAACUGGUAGACGUGUGAGAAGGUGUAAUAAGAACGCUCGAGGUUUGAAAAAUUUCGUCAAACGUGAAGUUCAGAAAUUUGGUGAUUACGAGGUAGGAAUCAAUGACUGUCGACAUUUCGCGCGAGCUGUAGCAGCAUAUCUAUCCCAUUAA